CUCGUCUGACAUGUCGAUGUCGCUCCUCUUGCUGGCUCUCGCGUCCUCCUCGCUCACCCUAAAGUACUUCGACGCACGCGGCGCCGCCGAGGUUACUCGAGUGCUGCUUGCUGUCGGCGGGCUCGAGUUCAAGGACCACCGCUACGCCAUCGGGCCGGGGUUCGAGGCGCCCGAGUUCAAGGCGGAGAAGGAGGGCGGAGCGCUGGCUCUCAAUCUCAACCGAGCUCCGCUGCUCAUCACCGACCAAGGCGCCAUUGGCCAGAGCAAGGCGAUCGAGCGAUACGUCGCCGACGUCGCAGGCUUGUUGGGCAAAUCGGCCAUCGAGCGGGCCCAGAUCGACAUGGUGGCAGAGCACAUCAGGGACGUCCGCGACGCGCAACGGGCCAAGGGCUUUUCGCGUAUGACGCGCGGCAAGACGGACGACGAGAAGGCGGCCGCAUCUGACGAGUGGUACGGGACGGACCUGCCAGGGUGGCUCGGCCGCAUCGAAGCCUGCGUCGUGGAGCUAUCCGGAGCCGGCGCGUCGCACGCGAUCGGUGGCAGUCUCUCUUACGCGGACGUCUGCAUCUGGAGCCUGCUGCGCGAGGGGACCGCCGAGGACGCUGCUCUCGUGGCAACAGCCGCCGCAGAAUGCCCGACGCUCAACUGCAUCGCUGAUUCGGUCGCCGCGCACCCUGCGGUCAAGGGGUGGGUUGCGAGCCGGCCGGAGACCGCCUUUUGAGAGAGAGGAGAGAGCCCUUUCUCUGAGAAUUCGCAUGCACGUGACGUCUCAACUCAAAAACCGCGUCGGCCACGGUGCGCGACGGCCGACGGCCAACGCGCGCAACUCCCGCGCGCGAGGUCCAGCGAGACUCUCUCCAGUCCAGGCUU